GAUGAUCUGGACGUCACGCUUCUUCUACUCUCUCUCUCCAACCUCUUCAAGAAAAUUAAUAAAGUUAAAAUAUUUGCUCAAAAUUCAAGGUGGGCCUGUUGAUUUUCCAGUCUUAGAGAGAGAGAGAAUUGAUGGUAUAUAAUACUAUAUUACGAUCAAAAGGUCAAAGGGACUUGGUAUUUAUCCUCUUAAAGGUUCUCGGGUUAGGGUUUGUUGGGCUAUUCCUUCAAUUUUAGCUUCUGGGUUUGCUUAAUUUGUGGAAAUUCAGUGUCUUGAGUUCUGAUUCUUCAUCUACUUUGGUGGAGUUGGCCUUGGUUUUACUUCAAACUUGGCGGCUUGUUCAUACAGUCUCUACUAUUGUUAAUUUUUUGAAGGGGGUUGUUCAAGGGUCUCUUUGGCUUUGGGAUCAGGUGGUUCUGGUGGUUUGUGGUGGUGGUGGUGGUGGUGAUGAUGAUGUUGAUCCAUGGGCAGUAGAACAGUUAAAACUGGUGCAAAUGACGGUAAUAAAGUCGUGACUGAGAUGCCGAGCUUUGUUCCUCCAGUACCCACUUCCAAUCCCACUGGUACAGAGGGGAGCACCAUUCGUUCAUCUCGAAUUUCAGACUUUGGAACUCUAGAGCAAACUCUUGGUUUUCGCAUAGAGGAUGCUGUUGACAUUGGGAGAAGUCCUGUAUUUAAUCAAAAUAAAUUAAGUAGCCAGGCACUGGGGAGUAGUGAUGCCCAAUUUGGCUCUUUAAAUAAGCUGUUGCCACUGCAAAAAGAGGCACAACAAAAUUUGCCUUCUGUAUCUCGUAGCAAUCACGAGAACUGGGGGGAGUCCAGUAUGGCAGAUGGAAGCCCUAGGACUGAUACUUCAACAGAUGACACAGAAGAUAAAAAUCAGAGGACUGAACUGAAUCAAAUGACUGGUCUUCUAGUUUCUGAUUCGAGUGACAGGUCAAAAGAUAAACCUGGUGAUCAAAAGACAUUGCGAAGACUUGCUCAAAAUCGUGAAGCCGCCAGGAAAAGCAGAUUAAGAAAAAAAGCAUAUGUACAACAGCUUGAGAGUAGCCGGCUGAAAUUAACCCAGCUUGAGCAAGAGCUUCAGCGUGCCCGCCAGCAGGGAAUAUUCAUUUCAAGCUCUGGAGAUCAAUCUCAUUCGAUGAGUGGAAAUGGUAUUUGAACUUAUUAAUCUCAUCUGCUGAUUCUUACUUUUUCCUGGACUU